UCCCUGUUGCCAUCUAGUGGAUCCCUGGUGCUCGCCUGAGGAUCAGAUGUAACUGAGCCCGGUUUGGCCAAAGUAAACCCGCCUCACCCCUGCGCUCACAAACCCCACGGCUCCGUUUCCUCAUCCUGGAAACAAGGGCGCAUUCUCUCAGCUGUGGGCCGCGGCAGAGACGGAUCAGAACACAAAUAAAGAAAGGCUGAGAGGGGCCAGGGAGGAUUGUUUGGUGUGAAAGCCCGCCGAGCUUAUUGAGGAAUGUGGAAUUAUGAAAAAUUGCUUAUUUGAUAUCUGAAGUAUGUGUUUCUUUUCACCCCAUCUCUCACCCCUCUUCUCCUUUCGUUGUCUCUCAGUGGGAGUUGGAGCACUGGAUUCUGAGGGGGAUACCCGUCCGUCGGCCCUCGGCAGGCUGGGUCACACUGCGUCUCUACAGCGGGGGGGCAGCCUGCGAACACCGCGGCCCAGCACCUGGCGCUCUGAAACCCCGCAGCAGGUGCAGUUUGUGGAGAAGCUCUCCGAUGUGGUGAUUGGUCAGUUGCCCAACUUCUGGAAGCUCUGGAUCUCUUAUGUUAACGGAAGUCUUUUCAGUGAGACUGGAGAGAAGUCUGGGCAGGUGGAAAAGUCCAAGAAGAAUGCCAGACAGAGGCAAAAUGAUUUUAAAAAAAUGAUCGAGGAGAUGACCAAUCGGCUGGUGAACCUGGUUCGGGGGGCUCUCCUCCCCACCACGCUGUCACAGGGGGAUCUGAGUCUUUACGGAGGCUGGGAGAACAAGACGGAGCUGACUGGAGCCUGGCUCACACAGAUCAUACACACCGUCAGGGCUUGUCACGAGGCCAUGUCUGCUCUGGAGAUCCCUAACGACCUGCUGCAGGUGAUCCAGGAUCUGCUGCUGGAUCUGAGGGUCCACUGCCUCAUUGUGACUCUGCUGCACACCACUGAGGAUGUCAAGAGGCUCGCUGAGAAGGAGGACUGGGUCGUGGAUAAUGAGGGAAUUACCAGCCUGCCUUCUCAGUUUGAGCAGUGCAUGAUCCUGAUGCUGCUGUCCCUCAAAGAGCCGAUGGAGAUCAAACAAGGAGAAAUGAAUGUGCUGCAGAUAGACCAGGUCCAGGAUCAGGCCACAGAGCUCAGUGUGGGCAUCAUGAAGGUUUUCAUAAACUGCUUGGAGCACCUGAGCACUAAAAGUGAUGGAGAUAUUGAUGCAUCUCACAACAUUUCAGUGGACCUCUCCUCGCCGGUUCGUUUUUCUGGAAUUCACGAGGGCUUCAGCCCAACAUCUGAGCAGCGUCUACUGAUCAUCCUCAGUAACUGCCAUUACCUGGAGAAACACACCUUCCUGAACCUGGCUAACUACUUUGAGAAACACGGCCUGACAGGCACCGAGAAGAUCACACAGGUGAGUAUGGACGCAGUCCGAGGGCUGGACAGAAAACUGUUUGAGGCUUACAUCGAGAGACGUGCCGACCCGAUCGCUGGCUCUCUGGAGCCGGGGAUCUACGCUGGGUACUUUGACUGGAGGGACUGCCAAACACCUACAGGUGUAAGGAACUACCUGAAGGAAGCUCUGGUCAGCAUCAUCACAGUUCAUGCUGAGGUCUUCACCGUGUCUAAGGAUCUGGUUCCUCGGGUUCUUUCUAAAAUUGUCGAGUCAGUUGCGGAUGAGAUGUGUCGUCUUAUGCAAUGUGUAUCAUCCUUCAGCAAGAACGGAGCCCUGCAGGCUCGUCUUGAACUCUGUGCUCUGAGAGACGCCAUUGGUGCCUACCUAAACUCUGAAAGCAAUGCCAGCUUCAAACUGGCUUUGGACGUCCUUCCUCAGCUACACAGCGGAGCCGAUAAGAAGUUGUUGGAAGAGCUGCUGAACAAGUUUAAGAGCAGCAUGCAGCUCCAGCUCACCUGCUUCCAGCCCUCCUGCAUCCAGCCUGUUAAAAGAUAAACUCCUUUCACUCUAUCUGGCACUUUUCCUUAUCUUAUCUCUGUGUGAUCAGCUAAUGAACUAUGGCAGUUUCUUUUCACUGAUCACUUCACUGGUUUACUCAUCGCUCUAUUUCGGUGUCACUUCCUACUUCUGCUUCACCAAUGUUCAUCUAAUCGCAAAGACACGAAAUGAGUUGAUUUCAUUGUUACUGUGUAGGACAGUCCCAGUCUGGCUGGUUAUGCUAAUCACAUAGGGCUACUCAACAGGGAGUGUGCAAGAGGCUAACUAGGUAGUUUCGAGAAAGUUAUAGACUGUAACCAUGAUGGAGUCACCGUCUCUCAGACUGAAAUAUUUUUUCUAAGAUUAAAAGUUGAUGUUGAUGCUUUAUACCGUGCCAUCUCCAAUACCCAAUAAAUACAAAAAAUAUGGUUAAAACA